AUGUCGACGCCGUUCUACACCCCGCUCGCAUCCGCAUCGUAUUCAUUCGCGGACGCGACGCUGAUCAUUCCAGCCGUAUCCAUCGGAUCAGUUCCACAGCUUGCAGUCGACCUGCUGCUGCACAGCGCCGACUUGGGACUCGCCAAGGUGGGCCGCAUCGAUCCGUCGUUCUGCUUCCCCUUUGCUGGUCCCUCGGACGCGCGCGAUGCAGCAGCAGACGACAUCACCACCGCUCUUGAAGUGUUUGCCAACGAGGCGGGGUUGGUGGUGAUCCAGCAGCGUGCGCCCGUGUACAAGUCGCGUGGCACAGAGUACAUCACCGCACUGACCGAGUGGAUCUCGCAAGCUGGAUUCAAGCAGACGCUGUGGAUCUCGUCGAUCGAUGCAGCCGCACGCACCGAUGCCGAAUUCGAAACGCCCAUCCUCGCCAUCCCCCCCACCAACCCGCAAACACCCCUCAUGAAGACCCUCGCCACCUUUCCCACCUUCGCUCCUGCUGGCGAAGCGGUACCUGUGAUUCCGGGAUCACUUUUGACUCGAAAACUCCUCCAACGCGAUACAAAACUGCACCUCGGAACUCUGCUCUACUUUGCGGCCGAAGGAGAUACACGACCUGAUGCACACUCACUUGCAACCACCCUCCUCUCCCUCCUCUCCCUUCCCUCUACCCAACUCAAAGAACCCACCUCGUGGCAAGCUCUCUUUGGUGCACCCCCAAACUCCUCUCUCUACACCUAG